AUGUUUCGCUAUCUUUCUUUCUUCGUCUCCCUGGCAGCUGCCACGAACCUCUAUGCCACUCACUAUGACGGCAGCAUCUACACACUCUCUUUCGAUAGCAGAAACUCGCUUUCGAUUGCUUCGUCUUUGAAAACAUGUGGUGAUGCCCCCAGUUGGCUUACGUUUGAUUCGUCAACGCGCACACUCUAUUGCUCAGACCAUGCAGGCAAUACGACUAUGAAUGGCUCGUUGAGCUCCUACUCCGUGAAUCAGCAUGGGAGACUGACAGAGCUCGCGAAGACCGUGGACGUGGGCGCCGCAGUCCACAGCACUAUGUAUGGGGGUAUGCACGGGCACAAAAAGUAUUUGGCUGUUGCGCAUUACGGCGGUUCCGCCCUUUCGACCUUUGCCCUGCCCCUUAGGUCCGAUAAGGAGCCUUUACAGGUCUUCCGCUACCAAAUGUCCCAGCCCGGUAUCAAACCUCAGCAGGAUGCACCGCACCCGCACCAGGUGAUCCUCGAUCCAACCGGUUCUUUCAUCCUUGUUCCCGAUUUAGGCGCCGAUCAGGUUCGUGUGUACGCCAUUGACCAGCACUCGGGACGCCUGAAUGUGUGCCCUAGUCUGAAUUACACAGCCGGUAGUGGACCACGACACGGAUUGUUCUGGAAGUCCAAACACUCGGACUCAGAGCAAGCUCCAGUGACUAUACUUUACACCGUCAGUGAAUUAGGCGGUCACUUCAAUGCGUUCGAUGUCUCUUACUUGUCCUCCGGUUGUCUCGCAUUCCGGGAAACUCAAUCCUUUGUGCCAUACCAAGGCGGACAGUUACCGGCUGGGGCUGCGCCGGCGGAGCUUCGUAUGGCUGGGAAUUCUCUUUAUGCUUCGAUUCGCUUUGAUGAAGGAUUCCCUCCGAAUGAUUCCAUGUCGACCUUGGCUCGUUCCUCCAAUGGCACGGUGACUUUCAGCCAAAUCACCUCUUCAUAUGGCACAAUCCCCCGCACUUUGGUCGUCAAUAAGAAGGGUACUCUGGUGGCUAUUGGGAACCAGGCUUCAUCUAAUGUAGCCAUUGUCGCAAGGAAUCCGCGGAGUGGAGAACUCGGCAAACUACUCGCCAACUUGCAGGUUGGACAGCCCGGCCAGGCUAGUAAUUCGUCGACGGGUUUGAGCAGCAUCAUCUGGGAAGAGUAA